AUGAAACCAUUGGACAUCGAUCUGCCGCCCACGCUUCCGAUGAGCUUCGGCACCGAAAACUCGACGGUGAUCUCCGCCCAAUCUGGAUCUACCGCGCUCCUGCCUUGCGUCGUUCAUAAUCUCGGGGAUGGAAUGUUACUGACCGUAAUAGACGGACAAUGGCAGAGGCCGGAGAGAGAGAGAGCUCGAUAUUACGUGGAAGUGAAUAGUGAGCGUCGCGAGCAGACACGAAGCUUAUUUGUUCCUUGGAGCAAUAUCAAGGUGUCGUGGAUCAAGCGGAAGAACGUCCAGGAGUUACUGACCGUAGGACUGACAACGUACGCGAACGACGAGCGUUUCCAGGCGAUUCAUUUCCACCACAGCGAGGAUUGGACUCUUCAAAUAAAAUACGUCCAACCGAGGGAUGCUGGAUUGUACCAGUGCCAAGUAUCCACCCAUCCACCCACGAGUAUAUUUCUGUUCCUCGAGGUUGUCGAGGCCAGAGCAGAGAUAGCCGGUCCCUCGGAGAAGUUCGUGAGGCCAGGUAGCACUCUGCAGCUUCACUGCCUCGUAAAAAAAUCUACGGAGACGCCCUCCUAUUUAUUCUGGUACCAUAACUUCCGGAUGAUCAACUACGACGUCGAUCAGGGGGUGAACGUCAGUACCGAUCUGGUGGGACGGGAGAGCUGGCUCGAGGUACCCCGUGCGUCCGAUCGGCAUUCCGGAAAUUACACCUGCGAGGCGAGUAACGCUCAACCGGCGCGAGUGCUGGUGCACGUGUUCAAAGGAGAUAAUCCAGCAGCGAUGCAGCACAGCAUCGCGUCGUCUCCAUCUGUCAUGGCUUGCAGCGCCCUAUUGAUGAUGUUCACCACGUUGAAACUCGUGCUUCAUUCCACGACCACGAACUGACCGUUGUGUCUCCCGCCACGUGUGCCGUGCGAAAUAUAGAAAAAUAAACCUUGUGAUAAUAUUUCGAAAGGGAAAACGGAUAUAAAGUUGGUAUAUAAAGUAAAUUUAAAGGAGAUAAGAGAGAGAGAGAAUAAAUUUCAUUUCGAAUGCAUGCAUGCAUGCGUGUAUGUGUGUGUGCGUUUGUGACGUUACAGGUGCAGUUUGUUUCGACGAGAUCGCAUCGUGUCGAUGCGACUGUGGUUGGAUCUAGAAUUAUACAAUUUUUGAUCUUGAAGAGGUGAGCGACUUUAUCGGGAUACGUUACGUAAUUCUUAAGGGAUCGAAUCGAGAGCGAGGAAGAGGGAUGACUGCCUGUGCCUGCCCGUGUGUGCCAACCGACAUGUGUGCGGAAAAAAAAAAGAAAAUGAAACAAAAGGAUACUUGUGUAAAAUAACGAAACGAGUCCGGUAUGUAUGUAUGUAUGUAUCUCUUUUAAGACUGUGGUACUUGGUGCUUCGAACGAUGCGUCGCAGACUAAGAAUUACCAAAGAAAAAGAAUCGUCGCCGAUGAUUACGACGCCGUGUUAGAAAUUCUCUCGUUUUGGAAUAAAAAAUUUCGCAAACGUUUCCGUGUCGGCACGUGUUUGCUCAAAAGUUGCCAUUUCGCGCGAUUCGCCGACACCACCGUUGUUUAACCACCGUUUGUGAUAUGUGUAAAUGUGUAAGCCGUGUAUAACUCUAUCACGACCGUAGAAGCGUAAUAGUGUAAUCUGUCCUGUGACGAGUGGCGCGAUUAAUGGCGAUAAUCCUGUCGCAUUUUGCCGGGCAAAACUUUCCAACGAUGCUGCUCACCAAAUCUGGUAGCGACAACUUUAUUCGGUGUUAACUGUAUCUCUCUUUUUCUCUCCCGUUUUCCCCUCCCGUGAAAUUUGUCGCGUUAAUGGGAAACGAUGAGAGAUCGCCGCACGAUAAUAUCGCCGGUUGCCCCGACCAACCUGUGCCAACGUAAUUUCGCGAAAAAGGCGCGAAUGACAAAAGUGAAAACGAUCGCGUCCCCCCCUCUUCUCGCUUUUCGGCAAACGAUAACGAAUCGUCGACCUCCCCCCUCCAAGCCUUUUAAACGCGGAGUCGGGGGAAAAAAGGGGGGAGGGGAAACGGGGGAGGAACGUUCGCCCGAGAUUUAUAUGGAAUAUUGCGUAUUCGGCCUACACGCGUACAGGUGCGCGUAAUUAAUCGUGAUAAUCCCGGUGUAAUGCAGCACAGCCUAACGACAUUAUCUUCCAUUGCCUUGCUCCCGCACACGACGACCUUGCUCAUAAUGUCCAAAUUAGUUCUAUCUCUACGACGUCCACGAAAUGGCCGUGCUCAGAUGCGUCGUACACCGUUCGUUGGAAGGAAAUGAUCAACUCGGGUGAUUAUUAAUUAUCGGGUCGUGUAGAAAUUGUCGGGGAGGCGACGAUUUUUUUAGGAUGAAUCGUGGUGGUGAGUAAUCUUUUUUUUUUUUUCUUUAAUGUAUCGCGUUAGAGAGAAACGGAAACAGGAAGGGUUGUAGAGAUCCAAAAGUCGAUUGCGCCGAUCGAUCUUUCGUUCUCGAUUGUUCGUUGAAUCAAAUUUUAUUGUACAUAUAUUUUCUAUGUCGGUUGUUAGUCGAUCUAUAAAUUAUAUGGUAAAUCGUUUAUAGAGAGAGGGAGAGAGAGAGAAUCCGUUUCCGUUAUCACGAGAAGAAGAAGAAGAAGACGACGACUUUCUUGGACCACAUGAUGUUUCGCAGCGUUAGUAUUACCGCAUGUUUCCAAAGCUAAUCCACUAUUUCCUAUAGGUAGACAGCUGUUUCUCGUAACCGUACACAUUGUCAACGAGGAUAAUCCAGUUUCUGCAAAUAAUAAACCGAAUGGUAUUAUCAAGCUUGCGUGCCCGGAUUUCGAUGGGAGCAAACGAAAAGCUCUCGUGUGGGUGAACAUGUACAGAAGGAUUGUGUGUGAGAGAGAGAAAGAGAGAGAGAGAGAGAAAGGAUAUACAUACCGAGAGAGAGUUCUCUUCAUAGAAGAUGGAUCGAUCCCGAUCACUCGAUCGAUUUUAAACGAUAAUAUUUCUUCCACCGUUCGACCAUCAUCAUCGUUCGACGAGGAAUUUGAUUUAUGUAAGUUAAAGCGAUGGAUAAUUUAAUGUGAUGUUCGAUGAUAUAGUCGCUGUCUGUUGUAUAUGUACAUACGUAUACAUAACAUAUAUAUAUAUAUAUACAUAUAUAUAUAAAUAUGUUACGAACGUCGCACAAUGUUAAUCUCAUUUACGGUUGAAUAAAAUUUUCAUAUAAAUUCCACGCUCGACUUUGAAAGCUGAGAGAAAGGCGAGAAAAAAUUCAAUUAUUCACGGUAUUUCGCAAUGGUAAUAGACCAUUUAUAUCACCUCUCGGUUCGAAAUGUCUCGAAUAAAUUUUUUCUUUUUUUUUUUUGUUUCUUUUCCAUUUUUAUCGUCCCGCCGUCCCGAUGUCUCUCUCUAAUCUUUGUACAGAUCCCGCGGUCCGGCCAACUGGGAGAUGGAUGUAAGUAAUGAAUUAUAUCCCUACACUGCGUUUCGCACAAUAGUCGAUAUUUUCAUUCGCCUGUGUAAUGUAACCGGGGCGGCUCUUUAUCGAAGUAAAAUACUAACGGAA